GUUUGGGGGCCGCGGCGGGGCGAGCGCCGGCGGCGCGUGCACCGUCCUCAGCAUUUCCUUCCCUGUGAAGCCAAGCACCGCCGGCAGAGACGGGCGGGCGGCAACAGGAGGUGUCACUGAUCCUGCAGUCUCUCGUUCUGUCCCUUAUCUGAAACUUCACCUUUCUCCCUCACCCCACUCCCCCCCCCCCCCCCCCCCUCAUUCCGGCGAGGGAAAACAAACCGACACUUGAAAACAUGCCGGAGGUGAUCUCUGUGCAAGAAUUUAUCCGCGAAACUCUGGAGGACCACAGCUCGCCGACAACCUCCUCCUUCACCACCAAAAUGGCAAACUGCAGGAACACAGUGACUGCACUCGAGGAGAGUUUAGACAAAGACAGGUCUGUACUCCAGAAAAUGAAGAAAGCAGUCAAAGUGAGAUAUACCUCAGGUCAAGAAGACGUUUCCCUUCAGGAAACAUUCAUUAAUGAGCUGGAAAAACUUGUAGCUAAUUUCCAAAGUAAUGAAGAGUCAGUACUGGCUGAAGCUUUCAGUAAAUUUGCAGAGUCUUCCAAAGAACUGCUGACACCAAUGAAAAACCUGAUGCAGAGUGUGAAUCACAUUGUCUUUUUCCUGAACUCACUGCUGAAAGGAGAACUAAAAGGAAUUAAGGGGGAUUUAAAGAAGCCCUUUGAAAAAGCUUGGAAAGAUUAUGAAAACAAAUUCACUAAGAUUGAAAAAGAGAAAAGAGAACUUGCAAAGCAAUAUGGAAUGGUACGAAUUGAAGUGACUGGAGGUGAAAUAGCAGAGGAGAUGGAAAAGGAACGGAAGAUGUUUCAGUUGCAGAUGUGUGAGUAUCUGAUCAAAGUAAAUGAGAUAAAGACAAAGAAAGGAGUGGACUUGCUACAAAAUCUCACCAAGUAUUAUCAUGCACAGUUCAUAUUAAAAUCAAUAUGGCGCAAAUUUCAAGGCUUUAUUGCAGAAGUUAAAUCUGAUUCGAUGCCAAAGCCAGCCAGUCAGGGGAUUAAUGGCAAGUCAAUCAGAAAGCUGAAUAGCUAUCAGUCAGGGCUAUUAUUUCAAGUUGAUCAUGCGGGAGGGCGACAAUUUGUGCCAAUUAAGGGGAUGCAACCAAUUGCCCCAGAGAUCAAGCAGAACCAGGAUGAAGAAAAGAAGCAGCUCUGCAGCCUUCGUGAUCAGCUCAAACCAACAUUACAGUUGGACCACAAGGAGGAUUCUGUGAGUCGCCAGUCCGUUUACAGCAUGCACCAACUCCAGGGUAAUAAGCAAUAUGGCACUGAGAAAACUGGAAUCCUGUAUAAGAAAAGUGAUGGGUUGAGGAAAGUUUGGCAGAAGAGGAAAUGCAUCAUAAAGAACUGUUACCUGACCAUUUCGCAUGGAACUCCCAACCGACAGCCAGCAAAGCUCAACCUGCUGACCUGCCAAGUGAAACCCAGUUUGGAAGAUAAAAAGUGCUUUGACCUUAUUUCACAUAACCGCACAUAUCAUUUCCUUGCAGAUGAUGAGCAGGAUUGCAUGGCGUGGAUCUCAGUUCUAACCAACUGCAAGCAAGAAGCGCUAAAUGUGGCUUUUCACCACAGUGGUGGAGAAAACAGUAUUGAAGAUCUGACUAAAGCCAUCAUUGAAGAUGUCCAACAUAUGCCAGGGAAUAACGAGUGCUGUGACUGUGGGGCAGCAGGUCCAACUUGGCUUUCUACGAAUCUUGGAAUAUUAAUAUGUAUAGAAUGUUCUGGAAUUCACCGAGAGAUGGGUGUACAUUAUUCCCGGAUACAGUCCCUAUCACUAGACAAGCUUGGGACCUCUGAACUCUUGGUUGUAAAAAAUGUUGGAAACUCCAGAUUUAAUGAACUUCUGGAAGCUAAUCUCCCAAGUUCAUCAGUAAAACCAACAACUGACAGUCCUAUGACAAUGAGGAAAGAUUACAUCAUAUCAAAAUACAUAGAUCGUCAAUAUGUGAAAAAGAGCAAUAGUACUCCUGUGACAAAGUUGAAUAAUUUAUGCACUGCUGUAACAUGCAAGGAUAUAUUUGCAUUGAUACAGGCCUAUGCUGAAAAGGUCAACCUUAGUGAAUCAUUGCCAUCUUAUGCACAGGAACCAGGAGAGACUGCUCUUCACCUCGCUGUACACCUUGCUGAUCUCACCUCCCUUCACAUUGUGGACUUCCUUGUGCAAAACUGUGGGAACCUUAGCAAGCAAACCAUGAAAGGAAAUACAGCUGUUCAUUACUCCUGUCUAUUCAAUAAAGCAGAAUGCCUCAAACUACUCAUGAGAGCCAGGGCCAACACCAUUAUUUUAAAUGAAAAUGGAGAAACUGCUAUGGAUAUUGCUCAUAGACUGAAACACCAAUAUUGUGAAGAACUGCUAACUCAGGCAAAACUAAACCGGUUUAAUCUACAUACAAAUGUGGAAUAUGAGUGGCGACUGAGACAGGAUGAUUAUUAUGAGAGUGAUGAUGAUCUGGAUGAAAAGCAGGGACCUAUUAAAAGGGAACGUUCUCUUAGGCCAUACAGCUGUUACCAGCCAGCUGGCAAACAUUCAACAAGUCUAGAGAAGCCUAACACAGUGGCUAUCAGCAAAGACUCUCCCUGUAUAUCACGAGAGCACCGACGUGAACAACCCUGUGGAUUGACCAAUCAGUCGCGAAGUACAGAAUCUCAGUCUUUAUCCCCUGUAUCAGAGGGGCCUCCUAUUCCACCCAGAAUCCCUAUCAAAGCUCCAAGUGUCCCACCACCACCACCACCAUUUUCUGUCAAGAGUCCUCCUUCUGGAAGUGCCACCUUUACCUCGGACAGCCCGUCAACUAAGAAACGACCGCCUCUACCCCCACUGACAACUAAGCAUAAACGGACAUUAUCUGAGCCCACACCCAAAGUACCUCAUAGCCCGCUAAAUCGCAAGCAAUCCUCAUUUGAAUCUACCCCACCAUCUAGUCCGCCUCCUCCAGUGGUGGAUAGAUCUUCACCAAGGCCAAGCAUGCUGUCUCCAAAGAUAACACAUGGUCUUCAUGCUCUCCCAGAAUUACCAGAGACUGAUCAAAAGAAACCUGAACAACUCUACUCCAUACCCAAAAAAUCCAAAAAUGUUGCAGAGGUUAGCCAGAGGUCACCAUGGCCUGUUACUUCACCUGUAAUUUCUUCCUUUGCUGAACCAAAUAACGAUACGUAUGCUGUGCCUGGAAACCCAAUACCACUUCCCCGGAAAAUGAAUAUGGCAAAACCCAAAAUUCGUAGAGGAAGAGCCAUUUACAACUGCACAGCAGAUCACGCUGAUGAGCUUACAUUCACGGAGGGAGAGAUUAUAGUAAUUACUGGAGAGGAAGAUCAGGAGUGGUGGAAUGGCUAUAUAGAAGGGCAACCUCACAGAAAAGGUCUUUUCCCAGCAUCUUUUAUCCAGUUACAAACAAGCUAACAGAUCUAAUCCUUCAAUCUGAGCAAUUAAAGUGAGAGAAGACCAACAUCAUUCGCUUCAUCUGUAUCAUUUACUUCUUGGAGUUUGAAGCGUCUAUUAAUUUUACUGAAAGGUAGUCGUCAUUUGAAAAUUGUUUCUAAUGACCAUGAACAGUGAACCAGUUCUUCUAAUGCAGUGGCCCUUCUGAGGGAAAAAGCUAUACUGAUGCAGCAGGCAGUUUGGUAAAACCCGAAUACAAUGUUUAACUUCAGGAAAGAUCCAGAUUGCUGUUUGAAAGCAGGUGGCUGUUUAAUUUGUUGCCCUAAGUGUAUGCCUUACUGUACAAUGCUCAUGUAUAUGUUGGUAUUUUAAAAAAUUUGUUUCCAAUUAGUGAUAUUAUUCAGUUAUAAAUGUUUAAAGAUUUAAAAUGGUCAUCAUAAAACCACUCGAGAAUUAGCCAUUAUAUAUAAUAUAUAUAUUUUUUAUAUAUGGAAAAAUCCUAUCUUUAGAAAUAUUUGUGCUUGGAGAGGUCAACACCUGACCACACUGCCUGGUGGCAAGCAUUUACUGAGGAUAAGGGAACAUCUCUCAUACCAGGCUCUGCUUUCUUUGUUGCCACUUCAGAACUUUUAUUUUGAGCAACAAGCAAUUAUGACAAUCCAUGAUGAGGAAAUAGCCUCCAAUAGGCUGUGGAAGAAGAAUGUGUGAAAAUUAUGGAAGAGUCUAUGUAUUUUUAUUUUUAAAGAUGGCAAGUAAUAAUUUAAAAAUGCUAAGUGUUCAUGUUAAAACAUUUUAACAAGAAAAUAAAUCCCUAUAUCUUAUUUAAGAUAUGAUGGUCUCUGGACUAUCAAACUUAGUUUGGAUUUGUGUUUACCAUGUCGUAAAUGUGCUUAUGUGUAAUGACUGAAAUUCAGAGCAUCUAGAUCAUGAUCAAAAUUAAAAACAUUUCUCCUACCCCAUUCCCACUCCUCCUAAAUAUAUGGCAGGAAGGAAGGGAUAAAUUGUGUUGAAUGACCUUAGCUUAUAGUUGUGAAUGCCUGCACAGAUUUUUAAUUAAUGAAUUUAUACCGAGUGAACUACCUCUUUGGAGUGUGAAAUAAAACAGAAAAUGCUGGAAUUAUUCCGUAGGUCUGGCAGCAUCUAUGGAGAGCAUUAGAGAGUUGAUGUUUCAAACCAAAUAUAACACUUCUGUUCUCAAGAAGAGUAUUCAACUCGAAACUUUAACUCCCUUUCUCUCUUUACCAGUGAUGUCUGAUUUCAGCACUUUUUAAUUUCAGAUUUCCAACAUCCGCAGUAUUUUGUUUUCAUUUUUGGAGUGUGAAAUACUUUUCCUUUUGAAAUUGGAACAAAUCUCAGCAACAGAAUCAGGAAUGCAUCAGCACCACCUAGAGUUUGAACAAAGCAGUCAUGAAGGCGACUUUACACAUUGCAGCCAGUUUGCACAAAAUCAUUCUUCUGUAUCUGCAAAUUUUUUUAGAUUAGAUUUCCUACAGUGUGGAAACAGGCCCUUCGCCCCAACAAGUCCACACUGACCCUCCAAAGAGUAACCCACCCAGAUCCAUUUCCCUCUGAUUAACAGUAAACUUCCUCUCAAUUUGUCUCAAGCAUAAAUUGUGACUUACUAUUGCCUUCCCCUUGUCCCUCCUCCAGGCUUGAUUUUGGCAUCAUAAAAAUGAACAGUGUUUCUUAGUGGUAAAUGUAUUAUUAAACAAUUAAAUCAAACUGUCAAAUCAUCCUCAUUACUGCCAGGUUAACUGGUAACAGUGUUAUUUGCAAUGUGGAUUUGUUCAGUUUUAGCUCACUGUUGAUCUGAUCUGAAAAAUAAAAGGAAAAUGAAGGGCUGAUGAGCUGACUUAUUCUAGAUUGGGACCACAUAAGAAAGCAUUGAUACUUUGGAUGGUCUAUUCAUAAGGCCUCUGCCUACUCUUCCCAACACCACCACAUGAAAUAUCUAUUACUAUUACCGUAAUUGUGUAGAUACUGCAGCGAGAUUCACAAUCACUUGCUUUGUUCAAGAGAUUAUGAAUAAAAAUAGAAAGCAGAGUUAAGAUCAGUACGAUUGGAACAUUGUAAUCUGAUAUGAGGAAAAGUAUUAUUUUUUUAUUUUUAAUUAUGCUCAAUGAAAGAAAUCAUUUCAGAAUUCUCAUUCCUAUUCUUGACUACUGUGUGAUUAUUCUCUUUCAUGUACUUUAAAGGUGUAUACCAUCUUAAUUAUCAUUGUGAAUAAAUGGCAAACUUGGUUAAUUACUUAA